AUGUCAUUGAAACCCAAGCGGGAAGAUUCAUUUGAGAGUGCCUGUCGAUCAAGAGUACCUGCCGAUCGAAACCUCAGCCUGGAUCUUCUUGAGUCCGUUAUAAGGCGAAGCGUGACCCCUAUGGUGUUUGUGGCUGCCUCUUGUGCCUACCCAGGUGACCCACGUAGCCUUAGUGGCUGUUGCUUGUGCCUGCCUACCCAAGCACAGCCAAUUGAGUCCCACAUGUUACUUUAUGCCUCACAAAUACUUCUUGGCAAGCAGAGUGCCUGUCGAUCAAGAGUACCUGCCGAUCGAAACCUCAGCCUGGAUCUUCUUGAGUCCGUUAUAAGGCGAAGCGUGACCCCUAUGGUGUUUGUGGCUGCCUCUUGUGCCUACCCAGGUGACCCACGUAGCCUUAGUGGCUGUUGCUUGUGCCUGCCUACCCAAGCACAGCCAAUUGAGUCCCACAUGUUACUUUAUGCCUCACAGUAA